CAAAAUUUUGUAUUUAACAUGCCGACUUGAAAACUUACGAAGGACAUAGAAGGUGAUGUACCAGGUUGUCGCAAGCUCAGGACCCUUUACUGUCUGUAAUUAGCUAAUGUUAGGUUGACGUGAAUGUUUAUUUACACAUAACGCCAUCCGUGCUGCAUAGCCACUUUGGCUGUAACACAUUUGUACGUAUUCGUUUUACCAUCUAUCUCUCCUGAUAGGGUUAUUUUUUGUUCAGUGUUUGGCAUUAGGUAUCUGCGUUUAAUUGGUUAAAUUAGCCUAGUUCAAGAGGGUUCAGUGACAUUAGCACCUCACUCGAAAUGCAGCUGAAAUCAGCUGCUGCUCCAGGCACGGAAAGGUUACCCGCCAAAGCACCGGAAACCCUAAAACCCUUUAUCAAAAUAAAAGUAAACGGUAAAAAGUAACAAACUGAGUAGGAAUAAAGUACGCUCCUGCCUUUGCUUAAACAGCAAUUGCAGUUUAAUGCUUUGGAAAGUUAAAAAAAAAAAAAAAAAAAACUAGUUUCAGUUAACUUUACACAUAAAUAAGCGCAUAUAACAUUUGUUAUAAAUAAUAACCGUGAUUUGGUAACCACCAUAAUGUGUGAUUUAAUGCGUUUUUGUUGGGAAAAUGUCUUAGUUACUUAUUUGGCCAGUAAAAAAUAUCAAACUGCUCCCUAAAAUAAAACAAGAAGCUAUAGCAGUGGUAAGAGGUGUCAACCUGUCACCAUCAGACCAGGGAAACGUAUGUGUCAAUGUUUAAAGACACAUUAUAGCACUGGUCACUAUAGUUAAUUGUACUGUGUCUGAUUUUAAUGCUAUAGCUAUGAUUGUGUCACUAAUGUAUGACAUGCUUUUAUUUUGAAGGUGGAUUCUUGAAGCUUCGGUUACAUUUGUGUAUUUCCGGUAACUUUACGUGUGUUUUAUCUUGGGCUGAAGUAUCAUACCGCGCCUUGUCGGGACAUACUUCAGCGCACUUUAGUUUACGAGUGCACAGCGCACUUAAACAAUUAAGUUUUACCUUUUUCCGUGGGGAAACACAGCAAAGAGAAGGCUGGAGCUGGAAGUCAGCGACCCCCAGGACCUUCAGGAUGGUGGCAGGACCAUCAAAGCCAAUAAGUCAAUGGCAUCUCUUUCCCACACAGGAGAAAACGCUCCUGCCCAAAUUCCCAUGCCAUACUCUUCCCCACUUGAGAAGGCACGGUAUGAAACCUCACUCGGCUUCCUGACACGGAGGUUUGCAGAGCUGGUGAACCGCUCCUCUGAUGGGGUGUUGGACCUAAACUUGGUCGCUCACGAGCUCAAUGCCCCUAAGAGGCGUGUCUACGAUGUCACCAACGUCCUUGAAGGGAUUCACCUGGUGAAAAAGAAGUCUAAAAACAACAUUGAAUGGUUGGGUGGUCAAGUGAAUGUACAGAAAGGUCCAGAGCUGAGCGUUCUCAUUGAGGAGGAGAAGAAGCUGGACGAGCUGAUCCAAACCUGUAUACGGCAGAUUCACCAGAUGUGUGAGGACCAUCACAGUCAGAGAUUUGCCUAUUUGACAUAUGAGGAUGUUCAGAGGAUUCCCAGUCUGAGAGAACAGACUGUGAUUGUGAUCAAAGCUCCUGCCGAGACAAAACUGGAGGUCCCACAUCCAGAGGAGAGCCUCCAAGUCCACCUCAGCAGCACCCAGGGACCCAUUGAGGUGUUCGUCUGCUCUGAUGAUCCCAUCCCUAUGGAAGCCACAGAUGCCUCUGUGGCCAAUGAUAGCCACUUAAACUCGCCUGCCAAUGGGAAAGACUCCGUCCCCCUCUCGCCUUACUCGUCCUUCGUGCAAGUGUCUGUCAAAGACGAUGCUAACAAUACUUCUGGAAUCAAUACUAUCUACACCCUGCGGUCUGAUCCAACACAACAUUCAUCACCAGUUACUGUUACCCCCGUCUCACCCAUUCCCACCUCCCUCCAACCCUCCUCUGAAGACCAACAGAGCUUUGUCACCCUCACUCCACCCCUGGCUGUCUCUCUUGAUGGGGAGGACUAUCUCCUGAGCCUGGCUGAGGAUGAGGGCAUCACUGACCUCUUCUCUGUUGACCUGGACCAAUUGCCCCUGGAUAUGCCCCCCCUCUGAACAGCCAUUUUGGAAAUUCUAUCAUUUAGGAGGGAAUGGAUAUUAUCACACAAACAGGAUAUCAUGGGGAUUUCAAAUAAAAGAACGAAGCGCUGCUUUUUAAUAGAAUUCCAUUUACCUAUCUUGGACAAUGUGACUGGGAUUUACUGACACACGGGUGUCUGAAGGAGGAUGUAACCCCAAAAUAUCACAUUGGCAGGUUGUUGGAAUGACCAUAUACUUCAGUAUUUUGGACAUGGCCUGAUUUUCAUGUGGUCAGACGAAACACUUUGUUUCAGAGCUUUAAUCUGUUCUUUUUGAAGUCCAACCUGUGCUGUCAGAGCACAGGAGUUAUUUUUGACCCACCAGUGUUUGCCCUGAGGUGAUGGUCUUGAAAGACACCAUUGGUCAUAGUUUGUAUCGUGAACACAAAGGAACUUUCACAACAUAUUUGGAAGAUUUAAACACUGUUUAGCUGAUGUUUUCUGCAUUUAAAGCUGGCCCAAAACCACCCCGGAGACUUUGCUGCUUAUGUUGGACUUCUGGCAAAGGCACAACUGUGGAUGGUGUUUGUGCACACUACAACUGUAUGUUUAAUAAUGCUGUGGUUUUUUUGCUAACUCCUGGUUUUGUGUCUGAGUGCCAUCGUUACUCAGCCACUGAAGAUGCUAACACAAAAUCACAUCUGUGCCUCAUUUCAGAGGGUUGGUCCCUCAUCACUUUGCACUGAUAUGGAAAUGAACCCACAUGCCUUGUGCUUCCUCAACUUAGGGAUCACUGAUCUGUUCUUUUCUCAUCAUACCUCAACUCAGGGUAUCUGCAGAUACCUAGCGCCAAUCUGAUGCCAGAGAUCCCGGAUUAAAAAUCUGUAUACCUCACAGCAUUGGAAUAUUUUUUAUCUAAGAUAACAUGAUGUGCACGAUUGCUGUAGCACUAAAAACUGAGUUGGUGGCUCGGCAUGAAUAAUGUAACCGGUAUUGGAUACACUGAAUUUUAUGACACUAACAAACUGUACUAAUGAGGAUCAGUAAAGUCAUUGCUGACACCAGAUUUCAUAUAUUUGGUAUUGGUUUGGUGUGUUUCUGUCUGGUGUGCAAGUGAAAUUACAGCAUAGCUCAGUCUCUGUCUGACUUUUGGCUUCAUAGUUUUCUCAGGACUCUAGGAAAUUCUACUAGAGGUGCAAUUUUCUAUAUUAAAGGCUGAUUCACUCAAAAUGUUUAUGAUGUUUCCCAAAGGUUGAUUUUAUUCCUUUCAAGUUUCCGAACUGAUAGCAGUGCUUUGUCCAGAACGUUGUUGCGACACUCCUAUCAGUGAAAAAUCUUACACCUCUUCAAUUCACUGAUGUCAAACAUCUCAUCAAGUGAUUAGCUCAGGUUUCAGUGCAGCCUGUCUUCACCUUUUUUGCUGUUUGGAGGCAUGAAAUUGUCUAAUGAUGACACAAGGAACCACCAGAGGCAUUGACUCGCUUGAGAAACCUUUAGCUUUUCCAUAGUAAAACCUGAUUGCAGAGAAAUAUAAAGUGUUAGAAUUCAUGUCAGGUGAAUACAGCUCUCAUGGUGUCAAAUUAGGUAGGUAUAAUAAGGGUGUGGAAAUGUAACCGGCUGCCUGCCAUCAACCUUGGAGAGUGAAAAGGCUCCUGUUGAUGAAUGGAGCGACUCAUUUCGAUACUGAACCCUCACAUGUCUGCUCGAGCAUCUCUUAUGUUGGCAGAAGAUUGAGUGCUGUGUAGAGUUUGGACAGAAUCUAAAAUACUAGGGUAUAGUCAGUGUCAGAAAAGCUUUUAUUAAUGAAUUGUCAGAAAUGACAAGGUUGCUUUUCUUAGUAUCUAUCAUUAAAACCAAGUUCAUACACAGCCACACCUGAGGUGUAGAGCUGAAAUCAUGAACAGAAAAUGAAUUUGAAACUUGAUUUUUUUUUAAUCUAUUUUUUAUUUAUUUAAGCAAAAAUGUCAAAUAUUUGCUGGUUCCAGCUUCUAAAAAUAAUGAAGAUUUUGUUAAAAAAAUUAAUCCAUAAUGAAAAUAAUUGUUAGGUGGUACCCUACUGCCAUGUUUGCAGUCAUCAGCAUUAGUAAGAUCUAACCAACUAUGACGCAUUAAAGUGCUAACAGCUGUUGAAAUCAAAGCUGGUUGAAGAAUAGCUUCCUCUGCUCCACUAUGGUCUUUUCUUUUAACCGCACACCAGAGUAGUCUGUCCAGACAGAUGGAGGUUGUGAACUAUACAUAGCUCGGAGUAAUAUUACUAUGAAAACCAAUACAUGACAGUUUUGAUCAUUGACAUACAAUGCUCCACUGUAGACUUGUUAUGAUGUAUUUUUUAACCUUGGAUUUUUCCUCAUUUUACAACCAGUCCGUGUCACUAGUACUAUGCACCAAAGUCAUGCCGUUAUCUAUGUUUGUACCUAGAAGACCUUGACGGCUAAAUGGCUUUUAUGUAACUCAGUUUCUCAGUUACUGUGUCAAACUAAAAUAAAUGGAGAUAUGCCCGA